UUUUAACUGCAUGUCAACACACUUCAGUAUAAAUAUUGAGAGAAAAGCAAUGGCAGAACAUUACUUGAAAAGUUUUAUCCAAAAUGGUCUCCAAAGCUCUUGUUGUGUUCUGCCUUCAGGCUGUGGCUUUCCAGGCGGCCUACUCGCAAUACAUCCCCCAAGUCCUAACCAACCAAUGCGGGCAACAAAUCAUCCCCUCCCCUCCCACCGUCAUCCCCUCCCCCCAGACCACCGUCAUCCAAGACUCCAGCGUCUCCAACAACCUGGCCAACGCCUUACAACUCCUAGUCGUCAGCAGCUUACUCAACAACGCCUUACCUUUCAACCAGCAAGAGGUUUUAGUACCCACUUGUGGCGGUUCCUACAUCACUGAACAAUUGGUUCCACAAGUGGUUCCUCAGGUUGUCAAUGGGUAUUACCCUCAGAUUGCUCAACUGGGUCAGUUGGGUCAACAGAUUGUGGCGCCCUCUGUGCUUGGGCCAGUUUAUGGACAGUCGCUUGUGGGUCCGUCGGUAAUAAACCCUGGGUGCGGGUGCGGGUUGGGUGGUGUUCAGUAUUAUGUGUAA